AGCAAGCGUUGCCCUUUUAAGAGCUACAUCUUUCCUUUCGCUCUGUGACGUCAGGACAGUAGAGUACUCUAGCCCAGCCUCCAAACAAUCCAGGCAAUGGUUCUGUUAGAGCUGCUGCUUCAAGGCAGGUCGAGUUUUAUUUUUAUUGUUAUUAUUAUAACAACAAACGUCAGGAAAACACCGACAGUUGAAAUGACCAGGAGUCCAGCUAUCGCCGUGGAUUAAAACAGAAACUUUUACAAUGGCCGUAAACGAGAAAAAGUAACCUAACACAUCCACAAGACCCAGAUGCAUGCACAAACAGCAAUGAGCAAAUCGAGUUGCUAAAACAUGCAAUCAUAAUUCAUAGGUGUUUUAAUCAACAGAACUAGACUUUUGCCGAUUUUUAAUACCUUUUGAACUGUAUUGAUUUUUAUCUGAAUUCGGACAUUAUGGCGGUGAAGGUGGUAUCGCAGGGAACAGGGAUUUUGCUCAUAACAGCCAACGUUGGAUCUCUGUUUGAAGAUCCUGAAAAUCUUCAGAAGCCCUGGCUCCGGGAGUUUUAUCAGACUGUACAUACACAUAAGCCUCACUUUAUUGCUUUACACUGUCAAGAAGUUGGUGGGAAGAACUAUGAGGCCUCAAUGUCUCACGUGGAUUUGUUUGUCAAAGAGCUGCUGUCUAGUGAUGCAAUGAAAGAAUACAACAGAGCCCGGGUGUACCUAGACGAGAACUACAAAUCCCUAGAACAUUUCACGGCGCUAGGAUGUUGCUACUUUCUUCAUGAGUCCUUGAAAAACAUCCACCAGUUUGAUUUUAAAGCCAAAAAAUACAAGAAGGUUACUGGUAAAGAGAUAUACUCUGAUACGCUAGAAAGCACUCCAAUGCUUGAAAAAGAGAAAUUUCCACAAGACUACUUCCCUGGGUGUAAAUGGUCCAGAAAAGGCUUCAUCAGAACACGAUGGUCUGUUUCUGAUUGUGCUUUUGACUUGGUGAACAUUCAUCUUUUCCACGAUGCUUCCAAUUUAAUUGCUUGGGAAACCAGCCCAUCUGUUUAUUCAGGAAUGCGGCAGAAAGCGAUGGGUUAUAUUCUAGAUCGGAUCUCAGACCAGAGGUUUGAGAAGGUGCCACAUUUUCUCUUUGGAGAUUUUAACUUCAGGUUGGAUUCUAAGCUUGUUGUAGAGAUACUUUGUUCUUCAGCAACAAUGCAGACCAUUAGAGCAGCUGACACAAAUGAAGUAGACAAGUUAAUAUUCAGAGAGUUGGAUAAUGACCGAAAGGUUGUGCUUCAACUUGAAAAGAAGCUUUUUGAUUAUAUUAACCAAGAUGUUUUCCGAGAAAACAAUGGCAUUCAGCAUUUAGAGUACGACAGAGAGCUGUCUGUGUUUAAAGAUCGGCUGCAUGAACUCGAGAUCUCCUUCCCUCCCAGUUAUCCAUAUAGCGAAGACAGCAGUCAAGGGAAGCAGUACAUGAAUACUAGAUGUCCAGCCUGGUGCGAUCGGAUUUUAAUGUCUUAUUCUGCAAAGGACCUUAUUUUAAAGCCAGAAAAUGAUGAGAAAGCAGUGGUCUAUGAUAAUAUUGGACCUAACGUGUGUAUGGGGGACCACAAGCCGGUUUUCCUUUCAUUUCGAAUUGCUGCUGGGGCAGGUAAACCUAUUGCAAAUAAACACAAGUGUUGUGUUGUGCAGUGAUGUGGGAAAAGGUGCCAGUGGGGGGAGAAGAUUUUACGAGAAACGACCCUCUGACAGCAGCAAAAGAAAAGAAAAUGAGACGCCAAGAAAAAGAAAAUAGAGAAAUACAUACAAACUUUACAGAUGUAGUGAUGGACCGAGUCCUUAGUGCCGCAUUGUUAGACUGCUGAUCCUACACAACGCUUCAACGUCUGGACCCUGUUCAAGAAAAGCCUCACAUACCUCACUGUCUUGUCUGUUCCUGUGACGGAAUUGAAAUGGGGAAUAUUUUUUAUGUGUCACAGACUUGUUGCCAAAACUCUAAUAGAGAUCAGAAAUACUACGUAUUUUAGAUACAGCAUUUACAACUUUUUGGAAAACUCGUCAGCAUAAAGAAGUUAUUUCCAUGUGUAAGAUAUAUAAAAGUGCAAUGCAGAAGCUGUUUAUCAAUAUCUUAGUAGUUUUUUGUACAUUAGAUUGUAUAAGUAGAGGUAUUGAUGGUUUAAGUGAAGUUUUCUUUACCGACCAUAAUUUGUGGUCUCUGUGGCAGGAUAGAUAUGUAUUUUUAUUUGAUUGCCUUUUCCUCUGUUUUGAUUAUGUGCAUACUACACACUGCUGUGAUAAAUGGUUUUGAAUCACAGAUCAGCUGCUUCUCAUUUUAUAUACAUUUUAAAAUAAACUAAUUACCAAAACUUACCAAAAAUGUGUGCCAUAUCAGCUAAUAGUAACUUCAAGUAUAGCGAUUUUAAAAUAUAUACAACAAACCAAAUUUAUAAAAGAUAUUUAGCAGGUCCAUUGUUAAUACAAAUAUAUAAAAUAUUGUUUAUCACAUAUAGCAGUCUCAAUUCCUCAUUACUCUUAUUCUAACUUAUUUAUAUGUAAUAAUAAUAUUAUGGCUCUGAAUGUGAAGUUUAUAGUUAAGCUUGGGUAACUUUUAAGAAUUUUGUAAACUGUUUUUGUCUUUUUGUUACUGCAUAAUGGUGCCAAGUAUUGUAUAUGGAAACACGAAUAAUACUGUGGGAGACAUAGUACCCUAGUUUAGUCUAACUUUAGAUAACAUUAUGCUUAAUUAUAAUUUGUAUAUAUAAAGUCUGGAAAACCCUUACAUGGCAGUUUAAUUGUGUAAGUAGCUGUUUGCAACCUGUAAUGCUAUGCUGUUGCAAGCAAUAUCCCACCAUUGCUCUGUAGCACAUUGAAAGUGAUGAUAGAGUCUGUUGAUGAAACACUUUUCUUUUAUUGAUUUCAUUUAGUACACUACAGCAUUCACAGACUGUGUGAUGGCAUUAAAUUGAUGCUUGAUUUUUUGGUAUGAAUUACUACAAAGUGAAAAUGAUUUUAUUUCUGCCAGCCAAAAUGAUGUUUUGACAACGUGAUCUGGGUUUGUAGACGAAAAUGCUUGUAAAGUUAUCUGCAAGUCCCAUGCAACAGUGUGCCAAUGUCUCAAUAUAACCACACUUCUCUGUAGCAAAUAACCAUUCAUCCCAUUGGAACUACAUGUUCUUUGGUUCUCAAGCAAUAAAACCGAUGAAACUGCA